AUGACUCUGGCCAGCGAACUGUUAAAAACUGCAACAGACGCAAGGAAGACUUGGAUCACGAAACAGACAGAGAGGUUUGCCAAGGCAUUCCAGCAACGGCUUAUAGACAGUCAAGGAUUCGAGACCACUACCACGCUGAAGAUUUUCGCUCCGGCCAACACGACGAGGCGGGGUGCCGAGGAAGCUGCGAAGGAGCUCAAACGCAGCUUGGAGGAGCAAGGCUUCAAGGGUCCUCAAGUGCAGGUUGUACACGUGGCAAAGGGCAUGACUCCCCGGCUCUCAGUGCAGGCUUCCUUGGUGAAGGAUGAUAAUGAGGAUAGAGCAGGUGGGCUUCAAGGGCACUGCCCCGUCUGCUUUGGGUCCAAAGUGCUUGUGGCUCUCGCCCCUUGUGGUCACACCAUAUGCAAAGAUUGCAGGCUUUCUGUAUAUCCAUCGCUCCGUGCACUUCUACCACCUCGUAGCAAGUGUCCGAUAUGCCGGUCAGUCGUGGACCAGGCGACGGCCGGCAUAUUCGUGUCAUGA